UGGAUAUCUGUCAACAAUAAUCCUCCGAGUCAUACUCGAGACUGUGGUUCUUCCAGCGCCCUUCCGUCCUUCAGAUCUGCUCGAGCAUCUUUUUCCGACAUAUGCGAUCAUAACACAGGGCAUCUACCCUCCGCGCGUUCCACAGGCACCACUAUAAUCUCUCUCAACCACCGCAGUCGACGACCUCCUCGAGCAAUCCCGUGAUAGACCAUUUUCAAUACUGCCUUCGGGCUGUGGACGGACGAUGCCCUCCGACGAGAAGUCCAACGGCGACGCAUCCCACCGCAAACACGAUGACGGAAGUUCUACGCGCGCAUUCACAGUCGAGCAAAAAGCUGCCGUCCUUCGAGUCAAGCGAUGCAAACCCACAGAUUUCUACGAUAUACUGGGACUGGAAAGUGUAAAGAGCACAUGUACAGAUAGCGAGAUCAAGAAGGCGUACAGAAAGUUGAGUCUGUUGACACAUCCGGACAAGAAUGGAUAUGCAGGAGCGGAUGAGGCUUUCAAGAUGGUCUCCCGCGCCUUUCAAGUCCUCUCCGACAGCGACAAAAAGUCCCGCUACGACAAAUUCGGCGGCGACCCAGACAACCGCUUCUCCUCCGCCGCCGCAUCCUCCGGCGCAUCACCCUUUUCCGGAUUCGCCCAACAACGGCGCGGAGGCGGAGGUUUCGAAGAAGAAAUCAGUCCCGAAGAACUCUUCCGCCAAUUCUUCGGCGGCGGUAUGGGCGGUCCCUUUGGCGGUAUGGGAGGAGGUUUCGGCGGACCAGGUUUCGUCUUCAACAUGGGAGGCGGCGGACCAGGCGUGCGGGUACAUCAAUUCGGAGGCAAUCGACCGCGGAGGAGACCGCAUAACCACGAUCCGAACGCCGCACAACCACAGCAGUCCCCACUUCAAGUCCUGCAAGGUCUCCUCCCGCUACUCCUCCUUUUUAUCCUACCAUUACUAUCCUCCCUCUUCGGCGGCGGCGACUCCACCCCUCGAGGACCACAAAUGCGCUUCGACAAAGCCGUGCCGCCGCAUACAUUACAACACACGAGUAAUCGGCUCAAUGUACCGUAUUGGGUGAAUCCGACGGAAGUGCAGGAGUAUUCGACGAAGAAAUGGAAGGAGCUGGAUAAAGUCGCGGAAGGGAGAUAUGUGCAGCAAUUGAGCGGGGAGUGCGAGUGGGAACAGGCUACGAGACAACGGCUGGCGCAGGAGGCGCAGGGGUUCUUUUUCACGGACCAGGAGAAGUUGGAUCGGGCGAGGAAGAUGCCGAUGGCGAGCUGUAUAUCCUCGCGAACCAAAUCCGCUCACUCCGCCCAUCUAGCAUCCAAAGCAACCAAAGCCGGCCUCAUGCUUUCCAAAAUCUCCUUCAACCUGUUCCACUCGACCUCUCGCAAAGCUCUGGCCGUGACGAAGAGUCCUUUGACCAGAAGACAUGCUGCACUACCCGGGGCCUUGGAGUUCGCAAGACUCAGCCAAUGCCGGCCGGUGUGUAGAUUUUCCAGCCAUCUCAUCAAGCCGUCCCAGCCCGGAGUCCAGGUUUUGAACCCCGCCUUCGUGAGGAGCUUUGGUCGCGCAUAG